UCAGCUAUUUGCUGUCAAUUUUACCAUUGCCACUGAAAGUCUAGUUAGAAGAAGCCGCUAACCAAAUUUCACAAAGCUCGGAGCAAUAUAGCACAAAUAUAGGUACAUAAGUUUAAAAGUAAAGCACCAUGUGUCGACUGAAAGUGUUGGGGCUAAUUUGCGUUCUGCUGGUCGUCGCUGGAUUCGCCAGUGCGGAGGGCCCAUCGGACAAGUACUCUAAAACAGCGAACACAUUGCAGGACACGGAAAAUUAUGAUCCAGACUUUCGUAACCUCCAGCUGCCAUUUCGGAUGGCGAAACUCAAUCUAGUUUGGUCCAAAGCCAAGCACCGUCUAACUGAACCUAAGCUGAAGUCAUUGUUCACGGAGUUGAAGAUCCACGACAAGGAGGAGCUUGCCUGGAAGCAGCUCAACUCACAGCACAAGGACAAGGAAGGCCUCAAGGAGGCGGAACUGCGUAAGAAAUUGAUCGGAAUUAUGAGCACAUACGGGCUGCUGGAGCACUUUGACGACACACAGGACCCGGAAAAGUACAAACAUUAUAAAGCCUAUUCGGACAAGGAUAGUUACAGAAACAAAAGUUUGUUCAAGGACAAAAAGUUGAAUAAGCUAUGGGAAAGGGCGGAGAUGGCUGGUUUCACGCAGGAAGAGCUAGAUGCACUGAAAGAAGAAUUCGAGCAUCAUCAAGAAAAGAUUGAUGUGUAUUACAAUUUGUUGGAGCGGUUAGGUGAUGAUACCAACGCUGGCCACUCUGCGCACGAAAAUGCUGUUAACGAGGAUGAGCAUGACAGGUAUAAUGAAAUUGCAACGGCUGAGGAGGAUAGUUAUGACAUCAUGGCAGCUCAGAGGGGCGAAAACAAGCAAAAUGCUUAUCUGCACAAAUCUAAUCAGCUGCGGGAAAAACAUCGUGACAUUCGGGACAACUUUGAUCGGUUGGAACGGAUUGCUUCCAAGGGACCUAACAGUCAGGAUUUCAUCGAACCAAAGGUUCAGGGGCUGUGGCGGGUAGCAUUGCACUCGAACUUUACGGCAAACGAGCUGGCCUCGCUUAAGGUCGAACUACUGCACUACGAAAGUCGGCUGUUGAAGUUGCGCCACAUGCAUGCCGAACAUGCGCUCAGUCUGGAGAAGCACAAACAAGCCAAACACGGCGACAAAGCCGACACGCACCGAAUGAUGGAGGAAAACAUCAAAAAGCAAACAAGGAAGGUGGAGAAACUUCAGGAAGACGUGGAGAAGCGCGUCUUUCGGCAUUCCGAACUGUAGGCAAGUGCUGGAGCGUUGUGCCAACUCGAAUAUCUGCGGAUGUUCUCUCUUUUAGGUGUUUGUGUCUCGUAUCGUAAGUAAUAGUUAAAUUUUUGUUUUCAAAAUUAUUUGUGUUCUAUCAACUGAAAUAAAACUAAGAUUUUUCGUGAAUGUUUAAAUAA